AACGCGGCUAUUUAGACGAAACCUCCACGACCCACGGUCUAAAAGAAAAUCAAAAGGCUCGUGCGAGCGCGGCCGCCGUGCACCUUCUUUCCAGACCGCCGCAUAGCGACAGCGACGACGGGGUUGGCAAGGACAAGCAACAUCAGAGGGCCAUGGCUGCGAGCACAGAUCCGCAAGAGGUCCAGAAAGAGCCGAGUGUGGCCGAGGCUGAGACAGCUGCACCGACCGUUGCACCAGCGUCGGCAGUGGCGGAGUCCGCCCCAUCGUCAGCAACGAAUGGAGAUGACGCGGCCUCUUCAUCGGUGCCAAAGCCAGCAUCGACACCCUGGUCAGACGUCAAGGUAUUUCGACCUCCCAACACUGCAGGCCCGUCGAGAUUGCCGCCACCGCAAGCCGACGACGAGGCCAAGCCCACAGCGGCCGAGCUCAAAGAAGCGUUCUCAAGUCACAUUUCGCAGCGGCACGGCCCUGAUGCGCCCCUCAUGACCCAGGCGAUGCGGCAGCGAGAGGAGGCGAGGCUGGGCAUCAAGAAGAAGGAGUACCACGAGAUACGGAUACGGAUCCGUCUGUCAGAUCGAACGACGCUCGAAGGCACCUUUCCCUCGACGGCCCAGGUCCCGACGCUGUACCGCUUCCUCCGUGCGCACCUCUCGCCGCGACAUGCCAAAUACGCAUUCACCCUCUACCAAUCGCCGCCGAAACGGGACCUGCCGGAAAGCACAAAGGAUGCCAAGCUGCAGGGCAAGACGCUGCGCGAGCUCGGUAUGGCACCCGCCGCCGUCGUGCUCGUGCGCUGGUCCGAUGCCGCCAUGAAUGCCAACACCUAUCCAGCGCCGCUCAACGACGAGACACUGGCCCUGGCGCAGGACCUGCCCACGCCGCCCUCCUUUGACGCCCAAUCAGCAGGCCAGACGCUGCAAGAUCCAUCGUCAUCAGCGGCAAAGGACAAAGACGAGUCGGCAUCCAGCGGGACAAAAAAGGUCGGUGCACCGUCCCGCCCUUUUUGGUUCCCCUUUCCUCUUGCUGUUCCUGACCUGUUCUCUGCUCUGAUCCAGGCAAUGCCAAAGUGGCUCAAAGGUCUUCAAAAGAAAUGACCAGCAAAGUGCGGUAUAGAUUUAGCACAGAGUUGUCAAUCGAUCACCUGUCGUUCUCGUUUCAAAGAGGCUUAGAAGAGACACUAUGGUUGUACAUGAACGCUGAAGUUGCCUGCAUCGGAGUGUUGCCUGCGUCGGAGUGGAG